GUGAAGUAAUAUAAAUUCAGAAUUUCCUAAGCGUGUGAUUGACCGAUCAUUACUCCAGCUCCUGAAUGCAUGUGAUUGGCUGACUAAAACUUUGGCUCCUGAAAGCGUGUGAUUGGCCGAUCAGAGCUGUGACCUGCAGCACUUAUACACUUAACUGAAGCGGAACAGAUUUAAAUAGAUUUAAGAGUGAUGACGUUUCCUAGAAAAGCACCUCACCGAGAUCUUCCAAUGUGUGUGCGUCUAUCAGAGUAUUUAAAGCAGGGAGAAGCAGAGACUCUUUAUCCACAGCGUUCAUUCAUAACAAAGCACAGGUGUUUGGAUUUAGUUUGAGUUUCCUGACUUCAUCAUGCAGCAGAUCUACAUGCAAAGCCAUGAAGAGUUCGAAGUGUUCACCACUGUGCUUUCUCCUCAAGUGUGUCGGAAGAGAGUGAUAUUCAAACACCAAGGAGAGAUGAUGGAUGUGACAGCAGACUACAGUGCAGACUGUGAUGAAGAAGUGAGUGUUCGCGUCGGGGAGGUCGUAUUAAUGCUGUACCAGGAAAAUGCUGACUGGUGUUACGUGCGACUUCAUGGUGGAAAAGAGGGAUACUUGCCCACAGCCUGCUUUACUGCGAAGCAGGAUCCAUUAAGGCCGAGUUUGACUCCUUCGCCGCAGAGCUCAGUGUCUUCUAAUGAUCGCAGCGGAUGUGCAAGAGGACGAUCUCUCCGGCUGCCCCGCCGCGCAUCUCUGCCGGCGGUACCUGCUGGCUCUCCUCGGUUACUGCAGCGGCUGCUCUCUCGCCCCCGCCGGCGCAGCGACGGACAGGCCGUGCGCUCAAUCGGAUCCAUCAACCCGGCGUUUCACCCAGACUGACGAAAGCUCCACUUUUAUGAUCGGAAGUGGGUUAGAGAACGGCAGAAAUAGGACAGCGUGACACCAAUGUUUGUUCACAGCUUCUUUUUCAGAUGACAGAAAA